UAUUACAAGUAUAGAAUGCGAUCAGUAUUCAAUGAUCACUCGGUCACCAGUGUGCUCAUUAAGUUAGGUCUAAAUUUGCUAAUGUUUUAUGUUAAUGCCCUCUUGCGUUAGGGAUUGCUUUGGAUAAUCUUUAGUGUGUAAUCAGAAUUUACUAGAACUUAAUUUAUAAAAUAAAAUAUUUAAACGUUAAAGGAUCAAGAAGAUGAAAUGAAAAUUCUAAAAGAACAAAUUAAUAAUCAAAAUAAAGAAGUGUACGUAAUUGAGAAGAAUAUAUCUUACUUGGAACAUAAAAAAGAAGUGAAAGAUAAAUGGAACGAAAUGAAACAAUCUGUUAUGUCGAAAAAAUCCAAAGAAAUUGCAUCAUUGAAAAAAGUAUGCUUUGAGUUUCAAAACAGCAUAGAAGAUUUGAGAAAACAGAAUAUAAAUUUAGACAAAGAAAUAAAAAAAGCCAAAGUAGGAAAAGAAAACGAAACGAGCUAUUUAAAAAUUAGUCAAAAUAAAGAAGAAGCGCUUCAAAACAGUUUAAAACGAGAAAGAUUACAAAAGGAUACUUUUCAAAAACAAUUGAAGAAAUCAGAAAUAAAUACAAUCGCGUUCAAUAGAGAAUAUAUGAUACUGUUAAAUGCGUUACAAAAUGCCAAAAAUGAAGCGGCAAGUAUAUCAAAUAAAUUGAAAAAUAGUAAAAAUGUCAAAGAAUUGAAAAGACAUCAUUUUAUGAAGUUACAAGAACAACAGAUUAAAGUUUCUCAAUCCCGGGAUGCAAUUAUGGCAAAUUCUCAAGACAAUCGAGUGACAAUGCAUCAUUUACAAGAUAAGAUACAGUCAGCGAUAAAGAAAAGAAACUCGUUGAAGAAUCAGCUGGCCAUUUACACGAACGAAAAAAAUAGAAGAAGAUUGUUAUACGACAAACAACGCAAUGAAAUGAGCAAAAAAACGAAAGAAUUAGAGAUGAGAACUAAACAAAAAGAAGAAUUAAACAAGAAAUUUGAAUUAUUGUUACAUGACAUAAAUGAUCUUCAAAGAAAAGUCAGAGAUAAAGAUAAAGAAAUAUCUUUAGUGAAGAAGAGUCUUACCCAGGAAAGUGAAACAACGGAAAAACUGAUAACUAAAUUAUCACGCUUGGAAAACUUACUGCUAAAGUUAAAAGACCAAGAGAGUGAAGAAUGUAAAGUUUUAGAAUAUACCAAAAGAGAAAUAUAUAAAGCCAAGGAAGAUGUUACUUGGUUAAGAUUAGAACUGGAACAGGCUUCUUCUGGAGUCGAAGUUUUACAUGUAAAUAAAGAAUCCGAGAAAGAACUCAUAAGGCACUUAAAAGAUGAUUAUAUCACGAUGGAAGAGGGACGAUCAUGUUUGGAUUCAUUAGAAGAUAAUAUUAUUAAUCCUAAAAAUACAGAUCAAUGGAAGAUAAUUCGGGAAAUAAAUGAACGUAAACAUGAAUUGGAAGAAGUAAAUAAACGUCUUUUAGAAUAUACACACCAGAUACAAAUGAAAAAAAUGGCGCAAAAUUUUAAAAUGUUUGAAAAUGAAAUAAUUCAAGACGAAGUUUACCUUUUGCUAACGGGAAGAGAGAAAAACCUGGAUAUAUUUAGAAAUUUUAAUGAAACCUAUCGUUUAAUUACAAUGAAAACAAAUCAAUUAAAUGGGUUAUUGACCGAAAAGAAUAUGAUCUACACUUUAUUGCACAACGAAAUCAAAGUUAAAGCUGAAUUAUUAAAUAAAAUAGAAGUUUUAAAAAAUGAAUAUUUUAACAGUAAAAGUAAAGUAAAAUUUUGAAGCGAUUGUUGUAACGUUAUUUGAAUUUAUA